AUGCCUCCACAACGAACGACAGCGGCCGAGUCUUCGACUAGCCCUGGUGCGCCCUAUGCCCUGGCGCUGCUCUCCGAGUACACGCACACCCUCGACUGCCUCCCCCUCGACAUCUCUCGCAACUUCGCGGACCUCCGCGAGCUCGACGCCGUCCUCUCCUCCUCCAUGAACUCCCUCACGUCCAAGGUACAGCGCCUGACCGCCAUGAUCGAGGCCGGCCCCUCCACUUCCAAGGCCGAUCGCCUCUACCUCCUCUCCGAUAUCGCUGAGGAGGCGAAGCGCCUGAAGCUCGGCGGCGAGGACAAGAUCCGCGUCGCGUGCCAGGCAGCGGACAACCUGGCGGCCCACAAGCAGCACCUGCGCAUGCUGGCCGAGCACAUCCCGGACUUCGAUGCCAGGCGGCUGGUGCGGCGCACGACGUUCCCGCAUGUGACGAAGAAGCGGUUCCUGCCGCCCGAUAUGAUGAAUGGGCGGAGGAGGGCACGCGCGGGGCUGGGGGUGAUCAUGGAUGUGACGGGGGAGCCGACGGUGAAGCGGCCGGCGAAGAAGGUGGUGCGGGACGACGACUAUGAGGCGCGGUCGCCGAAGAAGGGGGACGCGAAGGCGCGGGCGAAGACGUUGAAGAGUCAACGUGCCGUCUCGCCGACUGACUCUCUCGUGUCUGUCACAUCGCACCCUCCCCCUCCCCCAGUCCCGAUCACGAACUCUCGGUCCGCAGGGCCCAAGAACGGGAACUCCAGCCGCCGUGUAGCGCGCAACAGUGCGCGCGACGCAUCUGUCCAGCCUACGGACAAGACGCCAAGUCGCCCACCUUUCCCUUUCGUGUCCUCGCACCCCUCUAUCCGGCCGGAUGGUCCUAUACGCUCACCGCUAUCGCAAGCAGGGUUCCCGGCCAGCCCUGCACCGAAUGCUAGUCACGACGAAGCCGAAGAAGGCGCCACGGACGAGGACAAGAAGGUCUAUUGCUACUGUCAGCAGAUCAGCUGGGGGGAGAUGAUCGGAUGCGAGAAUGAAGAAGACUGUCCAAGGCAAUGGUUCCACUUAUCGUGCGUAGGCUUGUCCGAGGUGCCGACGGGGGACUGGUGGUGCAAGGAGUGCAAAGCGCAAGCUCCUGUAAAACGGAAUCGGCCCGCGAAGAAGAGGAACGGCAGGGCGAGAUGA